AUGUCAGAUGCUAACCUCCAACCGCCAAGGGUCUGGUUUAGCUCAUCCUCCGGUUUGGGCAAGGCCAUGGCUGAAGUCGCACUCAUGCAAGGCGACUCCGUGGUCGCCACACUGCGGAGGCCAGAGCUCCUCGCCGAGCUCUCGCAGAUUUACCAUCCCAGCAAGCUCUUCAUUAUCGAACUCGACGUGACAGACAAACGCGCUGUUGAAGCAGCGUUUGCCAGAGCCAGAGAGCAGUUCGGACACAUCGACGUCGUGUACAACAACGCAGGCGCAGGGUACUUUGGUGAGGUUGAAUCCAUGGAUGAAGAGUCGGCUCGAACGCUUUUCGAGGUGAACUUCUGGGGGGCGACGUACGUUUCAAAAGAGGCGAUCAGGUUCUUCCGCGAGGUGAAUAGACCGAUGGGUGGGCACUUGCUGCAGGCCUCUUCGUUAGCGGCGGCGCAGGCUGUCCCUGGGCUCUCGUAUUAUUCUGCUGCAAAAGCUGCCCUGGAGAGCUUGACUGAAGCUAUCGCCUUCGAGAUUCAUCCGUCAUGGAACAUCAAAGUUUCCUGUAUUCAAUUUGGGCCAUUCAACACGACAAUUGCCGGGUCUCACUUCAAACGAGCGCCAAUCUACACUCCGUACCGCGACGAGACCCUGGGUGCAAACAAAGCGUUUGCGUUAUUCAGCAACGAUGCGACUUUCACUGGGCAUCCGACAAAAGCAGCCCAGAUGAUGUACAUGCUCUCGCUUCUCGACAACCCUCCACUUCGGUUGCCGCUUCAUAGUAUGGCGGUGGACUGGAUGAGGAAUACGCUGGAAGCUACAGGGAAAGAUUUGGAGACAUACAAGUCUUGGUCGGAUGACUUGUACUGUGAUGAAUAG